AUGUCGAAACCCUGGGGCAACAUCGGAGCAUGGGCCGCCGAUUCCGAGCGCGCCGAGGCCGAGGAACGCGAAGCCGCUGCCGAGGCAGCCACUGCCGGGUCGGCUAACUUCCCGAGUCUCAGGGAAGCCGUGACUGCUAAGCCGAAGAAGAAUAAGAAGAUGUCGCUUUCUGAGUUCACCGGAGGCGGUUAUGCCUCUGGUGGUAGUGCCGCUGCUUAUCCUCGUUUGACACCGGACGAGAUGCUUCGUCUGCCUACUGGUCCCAAGGAACGUUCUGCUGAGGAAAUGCAGUUUAACCGUCUCGGUGGUGGUUUCUCCUCUUUUGACCGUUCGGGUCGGGGUCGAGAUCGUGAUGGAGGCUCAGGAGAUGCUUCGUGGGGUGCUGGAAGAAGAUCCUAUGGUGGAUUUGAUGAUGAACGCCGGGCACCAAAUUCUAGGGUUUCGGAAUUGGAUCAACAUUCGAGGGCUGACGAGGUGGAUAAUUGGGCUUCCGUGAAAAAACCACUUCCCUCGUUUGAUUCAGGCCGGCAAAAUCGAUACAGUGGCGGUGGUGGUGGUGGUGGUAGUGGUGGUGGUGGUUUUGGUGGUGAAUCUAAGGCUGAUGAAGUGGACAAUUGGGCGGUAGGUAAAAAAGCUCUUCCCGUUAGGUCUUCUGAUUAUCGUGAUUCUGGCAUGAAUCCAGAUCGCUGGUCCAGGGGUUCUGCUGUGGAACCAGAUCGCUGGUCCAGGGGUUCUGCUGUGGAACCAGAUCGCUGGUCCAGGGGAGCACCACGUGAUAUGGAGCAACAGCGGCCACGGUUGGUGUUGGAUCCAAGGAAAGGUGAUGGUUCUGUGAAUGAAGCUCCGGCAAAGACAAAUAAGCCAAAUCCAUUUGGGGCGGCAAGGCCUAGGGAGGAAGUGUUAGCUGAGAAAGGAUAUGAUUGGAAGAAGCUUGAUUCUGAGAUUGAGGCAAAAAAGACAAGUAGGCCAACAAGUUCACAUUCUAGCAGGCCUUCAAGUGCUCAGUCAAACCGCUCUGAUGGUCCAGAUGCAGCGCUGAAGCCAAGGCCAAAAGUUAAUCCCUUUGGAGAUGCCAAACCCAGGGAGGUUUUGCUUAGCGAGCGUGGCAAGGAUUGGCGGAAGAUUGAUCUUGAAUUGGAGCAUCGCGCAGUUGAUAGGCUUGAGACCGUUGAGGAAAAACAAUUAAAAGAAGAAAUUGAUAAUUUGAAGAAGGAAAUUGAGAAGGAGUCUUCAACAAGCUCAAAUAAGGAAGUGGAUGAUGCUGUUGGAGACGAAACUGGUGCACGUGCACUGCUACUAGAGAAAGAAAAGGAGCUGGAACUACUAAUCCGUGAUUUGGAUGAUAGAGUUCGUUUUGGGCAGAAAGCUGUGGAAAGGCCAGGUUCGUCAUCAGGAAAGACUGCUGGUUUUCCUGAUCGGCCACCAUCUCGUUCUGGCUCAUUUGAGGAUUCUAGAAGUGUGGAUUUUUCGGACCGACCCCGCUCCCGUGGCACAGGAGAUAUGUUGACGCGUCCUACUGAUGACAGAAGACAAUUCCAAGGUAGCAAGGACAGGGGUUGGUUUUCAAACAGCAGUGACUUGAAUAGGCCAAGGUCCAGAGAGAGAUGGUGA